AUGUCAAAAGAAACAGAAACCCAGCCAGAAACAUGUCCCGUUGAUCCAGCUACCCGUGCGGCAUGGCUGAAAAACAAUCCCGGAGGCAGACCAGUGGUCUUCCCCGGAAUAACUCAAGAAGCCAGUCAAACCAGUGCAGGAAAUAGCUGCGACUCCAAAACAAUCGACCAAAAACCUCCUCCAAAACGUAGCUUCUUCUCGCGCUUCACGACCCCCGUAGCGCUUCCAGGCGAUGCUCCUAAAACCCUCGGACUGGAACGCGAAGUCUCGACCAUUCCAAGAGCUUCUCCAGUAAACAAUGACGAAGGCGCAAAGCCGGCGAACAGCGAAAAGGAGAGCGGGGUUAGUGAGAGUGGGAACUGGAUAUAUCCUUCUGAGAAGAUGUUCUUUGAUGCUAUGAAGAGGAAAGGUUAUGCAAGUGAGGCGAAUGACAUGAAGACGAUUGUGCCGAUUCAUAAUGCGGUUAAUGAGAGGGCAUGGAAGGAGAUCAAGGAAUGGGAGAGGCCGUAUGGGAGUGAGCAGAAAUGCGGUGGACCAAGACUUCAUUCCUUCUUGGGACUUUCCCAGACUUUGAGCCCAAAGGCUCGAGUCAACACCUGGUUGGGAUACACAGCUCCAUUCGACAGACACGACUGGGUUGUUGACAGGUGUGGCAAAAGAGUGGAUUAUAUUAUCGACUUCUAUGCUGGGAGGAAUGACGGGACGGCGAAUGGCAAGCUUAAUUUCUUCCUGGAUGUAAGGCCCAAGUUGAAUACUUGGGAAGGCUGGAAAAUGAGAGCAUCAAAGAUAAUAGGCUUGGCUUAA